AUGAGUCUGAAAAGAAAAAGAGGCGUAGUUCCCUCUUCCAACGUCGAUAUCAUCGACCUCUGUGACACCGACGACGACGACGACGGCGUUAAGGUCCUCAACUUCAUACCUCCAAUAAACCCUUCCACCAAACGAAGAAAACUACAAAGAGGAGAGAGUUCAAACGAUGCGCCGUUCGUCUGCGAAAUAUGCACGGACACCAAAACGACCAAGGACUCCUUCAGCAUCACCGGUUGCUCCCACGCGUACUGCUCCGACUGCGUUGCCACGUACGUCGCAACCAUGGUUGAGAAAAACGUGAUCUACUUCGGGUGCCCCGUUCCGGGAUGCUCAGGACGACUGACGCCGGAGAAUUGCUGCGUGAUUCUCCCGGCGGAGAUGCUGGACCGGUGGCUGAGGGCGUUGUACGAGGCGACGAUCAAGCAAUCGCACAAGCUCUACUGCCCCUUCGCCGACUGCUCCGCUCUGUUGGUGAACGAUAGGUGGAAGAAGGUUAGGAAGUCGGAGUGCCCCUAUUGCAGGAGGUUGUUCUGUGCGCAGUGUAAGGUGCCAUGGCACGGGAGUAUCAAUUGCAAUAAGUUUCAGAUGCUGAAUAAGGAUGAGCUGGUGAACCUUGCUGAGGAUAACAAGUGGAAGAAGUGCCCUCAUUGCAACAUCUAUGUUGAAAAAAUAGGCGGCUGCCAAUACAUGCAAUGCAGGUCCACUUUCAUUUCUCUUGCAUUGUUGAAUUUUGCACACCAAUAUUACUAA